AUCUCAUAGCCCGGGUGUUCCACGCCAAACUCAAGGCCCUCAUGCGGGACAUAAUAGUAAAUCGUGUGUUUGGUAAUGUAGACGCUUAUGUAUACACUGUUGAGUUUCAGAAACGUGGACUGCCGCACGCGCACAUAUUGGUCAUCCUCGGCGAGGACAGCAAGUUGCAUACCGCCGAGGAUGUGGACAAUGUUGUGUGCGCUUCCUUGCCGGACCCGGCAACCGACAGGCGCCUGUUUGACUGUGUGACAUUACACAUGAUUCACGGGCCGUGUGGGCAACUAAACCCUAACAGCCCGUGCAUGGUGGACAACAGUUGUUCAAAGAAGUAUCCAAAAGAAUACAGCGAAGAAACCGUCUACGCCUCAAACAACGGGUACCCGACGUACCGCCGACCGAACAAUGGAUCUGUGGCCUUGGUCAGACGACGAGAGGUGGGCAAUGAAUUUGUGGUCCCCCACAAUCCGUACCUACUGGCCAAAUACGAUGCACACAUCAACGUUGAGGUGUGCUCUACGAUUAAGAGUGUCAUGUAUUUGUAUAAAUAUGUGUACAAAGGCCAUGAUGCGGCUACUAUGGAAGUUUGGGACGGCGAUGAGAUAUUAAAGUAAGCAGAUUCAAAUUAAUUAUUUUCAUAUACUAAGUCUUUGCUAUAUAUUAUACAUUAAUAACA